AUGGACAAGUCAGUUGAAGAUUUACUUUUUCAGCAGUAUUAUAAAGACUGCGUUGAAAUAGGCAGUGGAUCUUUUGGGAAAGUUUAUAAAUGCAUCAAUAAAAUGCACAGAGAAGAAGUCGCAGUGAAAGUCCUAAACAAAGAAUCCAUCUCAAAAUCCAAAGCAAUUGAAUUUCUUUCAGAAGCCAAAAUUCUUAGCCAGCUAGAUCACCCUCACAUUGUGAAAAUGAAGGAGUGAAAUGAAAGCCCUCAAAAUAUCAUGCUUGAAAUGGAAUUGCUCAAAGGCGGCACCCUUGAGUCAAGGAUCUCUAAUGGUGCUUUCUCAGAAAAUGAUGCUGCCACAGUUAUGCGAGGUUUACUCAGUGCAGUUCAUUACUUGCACCAGCACGAUAUCAUCCACCGCGACAUUAAGCCAGAAAAUAUUAUGUUUGCUGAUGAUUCUUUACAAUCAGUCAGAGUGACAGACUUCGGCUUAAGUUCUCAAUGGGCUUUAGACUAUAUAGGUCCAGGCUUAGAUGAAAGUGUAGGGACUAUCAUUUAUAUGGCUCCAGAACAAACAGGGUCAAAAUUAUACUCAAAGCCAGUCGAUAUAUGAAGCUGUGGGAUUUUAAUGUAUAUUUUGAUAGCUGGGAAACACCCAUUAAUGGAGCCAAAAGAAAGCGUCAGGUCUUAUUUAAGGAAGCUAGAAAACCCUCACUGAAAAUUCCCUGCAAAUUUUAGUGACUCAGCUAAACAUUUGUUCCUGAAACUUACCCAUGUGAAUCCUUUACAACGAUACACAGCAGAGCAAGCGUUAAGACACCCUUGGGUUACAAGAGAAGCUGAUAAAAAGCCCCCGCUUACGUAUUUAGAAAGAAUUACCCAAUUUAAUGACAAACUUAAGCUCCGAGGUCUUUUACAAGCUACCAUAUAUGCAAGCUAUUUAAUCACAAAUUCUGGAAUUAAACUGCAAAACUCUUAUAUAGAAACUUUAAAAAAUCCUCAAAAAAACGUUCAAAAAUUAGUCCCAAGUGAAGCGGAAAUGCCGAAGAUUUCUAUGACUUUUUCAACGAAAACUAAUAGCAGGCAUUAUAGGAGGUUUAAUUCAAUGAAAAUUAAUAGAAGCCCUUCACCGACUAGAUGUACGUCGCCUCCAAAAAAGGUGAGACGAGAGUCUUUCCAUAAGCCAAACACUACAAACUCCUGACAUUAA